CUCAUAUUUGAACGCAGAGGGACGCUGUUGGACUGUGUAUUAAAUUGAGUGGGGUGUUCUGUUCAGUCCCUCCCUGACUGACUGAGCAGGGAAGCGUCAUUGUGUUCGAUGGUGAGGAGGACGUCAGAUGUAAAAUAGUAUUUUGUAGAUAUAACCUCUGUUGGCUUACAUGUAUUGCAAGACCGCGAUCUGGUUUUACUCAGCGUUUGCGUUGGAUUUGUGACGGAUCUUUGAAUCAUGGAACUGCGUGGAUUAAUCGCUGUGGGCUUAAGAUGGCGAUCUUUUCACGGACUGCGUCAACAACUGGGAGCGCUCUUGUUUCUGCUGUGUGUUGUGAACAUGGUAGGUGGUCAGAUUCGAUAUUCUAUACCGGAGGAGAUGAAGAAAGGCUCGGUCAUCGGGAAUGUCGCGCAGGAUCUGGCCUUGGAUGUGAGAAGGCUCAGGUCCGGGCGGGCCCGGAUCGUGACCGGAGAAAACAUCCAGUACACCGAGCUGAAGACAGACAAAGGGCUUCUCGUCGUGAAUGAGAGAAUAGACCGAGAGCAGCUGUGUGGAGACGUGACGCCGUGCAGCUUCAGCUUUGAGAUGAUUCUGGAAAACCCGAUAGAAUUGCAUCAAAUAACGAUCGAGGUUCUGGAUAUAAAUGAUCACGCGCCCAUAUUUCCAAACAAAGAUAGAGCUCUCACCUUUGAAAUAAGCGAAUCUGCGGCAGUUGGAGGAGCGUUUCCUCUACAGAGUGCGAAAGACUUAGAUGUGGGACAGAAUACUUUAAAAGAUUAUAUUUUGUCUCCAAACGAAAACUUUGUUUUAAAACAACAAUCUAAUCCAGACGGAAGUAAAUAUGUCGAGAUGGUUCUUCAGAAACCUUUAGAUCGAGAGAAACAGCCGCAUUUAAAUUUAAAGCUCAUCGCAGUAGACGGAGGAACACCGCAGCGAUCUGGCUCAGUUAAUAUUGACGUCACCGUGUUAGAUGUUAAUGAUAAUGUUCCGAUAUUUAACCAGACAAUUUAUAAGGCAUCAGUGAUGGAAAAUAUUUCAAAAGGAACGUGCAUCGUAAGAGUUAAUGCGACCGAUGCGGACAGUGGUUCAAACGGAUUGAUUUCGUACAGUUUAUCAAAUACUGAAUCAGGCGUAUUUAAUAUCGAUUAUAAAACUGGCUCUAUUUUGUUGUCUGGUCAACUAGAUUAUGAAAAGGAGCGAAAAUACGAACUUAGGGUGGAAGCCAAAGAUCAGGGAGGUUUUGUUGGUACAAGUAAAGUGAUUGUUGAUGUAAUUGACGUAAACGAUAAUCCUCCAGUUCUAAAUAUCAUGUCAAUUUUAAACCCGGUUUCUGAAGAUUCCCUACCAGGUACCACAAUUGCAGUUUUCAAUAUUAAAGACUCUGACUCAGAGCAAAAUGGAAAGGUUCAAUGUUCUAUUGAUGGGAAGCUUCCCUUUAAAAUUCAAUCUUCAGUGAAAAAUUAUUACAAUUUAGUUUCGGAUCAGUAUUUUGAUAGAGAAACAAUUCAGGAAUAUAACAUAACGGUUACGGCAACAGAUUUAGGAAAUCCUCCUCUGUUUACUUCUAAAAUGAUCAAUCUCAAAAUAUCUGAUGUGAACGACAACCCCCCGGUGUUUGAUCGAAAUAUAUUCUCUGCUUUCAUAAUAGAAAACAAUUCACCUGGGGUCUCAAUAUUUGCUGUCAGUGCUCAUGAUUCAGACUUGAACCAGAAUGCCAGAAUCUCCUAUAUUCUAGAAGACACUGAGGUCAGUGGAGCUCCAGUUUCCACUUAUGUCUCCUUGAACUCUGAAACCGGUGUGAUCAGUGCAGUUCGUACAUUUGAUUAUGAACAAAUCAAAGAACUUCAGCUCACAGUCAAAGCUCAGGAUGGAGGCUCCCCUCCUCUCAGCAGCAACGUGACUGUGAAAAUCCUGAUCCAGGACCAGAACGACAACCCUCCUCAGGUUCUGUAUCCGGUCCAGACUGGUGGCUCUCUGGUGGCUGAGAUGGUGCCUCGCUCAGCAGACGUGGGCUAUCUGGUCACUAAAGUCGUGGCUGUUGAUGUGGACUCUGGACAGAACGCCUGGCUCUCCUAUAAACUGCAGAGAGCCACAGACAGGCCGCUGUUUGAAGUGGGCUUACAGAAUGGAGAGAUCAGAACCAUCCGACAAGUCACCGAUAAAGAUGCUGUGAAACAAAGACUGAGCGUUACAGUGGAGGACAACGGACAGCCCUCUCGUUCAGCUACAGUCAUUGUGAACGUGGCGGUGGCUGACAGCUUCCCAGAAGUCAUGUCAGAGUUCACUGACUUUACACAGGACAAGGAGUACAACGACAACCUGACUUUUUACUUAGUGUUGGCUUUGGCUGUAGUUUCCUUCCUCUUCAUCACGUGUCUAGUGGUGAUUAUCUCAGUCAAGAUCUACAGAUGGAGACAGUCUCGCGUCCUGUAUCACUCCAAUCUCCCUGUGAUUCCAUAUUAUCCACCACGUUACUCAGACACUCUGGGGACAGGGACUCUCCAGCAUGUGUACAACUACGAGGUGUGCAGGACCACUGACUCCAGAAAGAGUGAUAUGAAGUUCAUGCCACCCAUGAGUGACAGUCUAGUGAGUGUGGAUGGAGCUGACGCUGAUGAUCCACGUGUGGAGAAGCAGAUGUCAGGGAACUUCUCACAGAUGUCUACUUUGGUGAGUAAAAUUAUCAUUAUCCCUUCCAAGCUUGAAUGAUGUCACUUGUCGCUUUUUUCCGUGGACAUCUUUGCUACCACUACUAUCACGACUACUACGAAUAAUAAUAAUAAUAAUAAUAAUAAUAAAAACAAUACAUAUUUAUGUUUUCCCCGUUAUAAUUAUAAUGUUUUGAGUACAAAAAUAUCAAUGAAUUUACAUAUCAAUAAUAGGUGCAUGAUGCGAAGUAACUGAAGGCGAGCAACACACAUAGGACAAAGAACACACAUACACACACAAUAC